AUGGGACUAAUACCAAAUGGAGAUGGGAAAGAGAUGGCUCCAAUAUUUCAAGAGUUCCUCACUACACUACAGCAGAAUGAUGGCAAGCUCCUAGAGAAGGAUGGCGACAAACUGUCGGCUGAGAUCUGGGGAUGUCUCCAUGGGCUCAAGAUGGUGUGGGAUGCGGGAUAUAAGAAGGUUCUCUUAGAGACUGAUUCAACAAAUGCCAUUGAGUUACUGUCAAUGCAACUUGAUGAGAGCCACCAUGAGUAUAGUAUUAUCAAUGAGGCACACCAGUUACUCAGUUGGGACUGGGAGGUUAAACUUUUGUAUGUUCAUCGACAUGGAAACGCAGUCGCAGAUUAUCUAGCAAAAAUAGGUCUUGGAGGGUUGCAUGGAUUCAAUGUUGUUGAUUGUAUCCCGAACGAGUUGGAUAGCAUUAUGAGACAAGACGCUAUGACGGUGGUAGAUAGCAGGCUUUAG